GUCGCUCCUCCGUUCUUUUCCUUCGCGGCCAUGGACAACGAGGGGAAGGUCUACGCCGAAACCACCGUCCCCGCCGAGCAGCCGGCGAGCAAGAGGCCCACCAGUUGCGGCUUCACCAUCGCCCACCUGGGCCGUCCGCGAUUCUUCCUCAAGGUUUUGCAACUGGGCCUGUCCUUCCUAGCCUUUCUGCUUGAAGAAGUUGUGAAUCAGUGCACCAUGUGUGGUGGUCUUUACUUCUUUGAAUUUGUCAGCUGCUGUGCUCUCCUCUUGAGUAUCCUGAUCCUGAUCUUAUAUUGCCUUUAUGUGCAUGGCAAGACUCUCCAUGACAAGAUUGGGAAGAACAACAUAGCACAGUUGGAUUUCUGGAUCACGUCAGUAGUGGGGGCCUGUUUUUUACUAGCUUCAAUUGUGUUUUCUGCAACCAGUGACAAGUCCCCAAUUGAAACUGCUGCUCUUGUAUUUGGAUAUUUCGCAAGUGUAGCAUUUGUUGUGGAUGCCGGCCAAAUGUUUCGCCAGCAGUGUAAAGCAAAAACAGAGAGACAAGAAAACACAGCCAGUACGCAGAAUGUAACGGAGAAUCAGCCACUGAAUAACCAGCAAGUCUAAGCUCUAAACCACUACUUCUUAUUAUUAGAUGCUGAGUGAAACUGAAACGAUUCUGCCUUUUAAAAUGUGUUCAGAUGGUUACAUUUUAUUUCAGUUUUGUAAUUGCUGCCCUAGUGCAUCUUUGCACAUUCCUGUAUGUAUACCGGACCUGAAUUGGGAUCUCCACCAUUCCUUUCAAUAGCACUGGAUUCGCACAGUUGCAACCAUUCAACUUCGUACGUCUACAUGUCGCAAAAGAAGGAAAUCUUUAGAUGGGAUUGUGAAGCUUAUUAUGUGGCUUCUGCUAAAAUAAAUGUAGAGAAUAGAUGAGAAAGAGGCUGGGUGCUGUGGUACAAAUUCAGAACAAAAUUUGUUUAAUAAGUGAAAAGGUACCAGUAAUGAAGGAGGAAUGGGACAAUAGCUUAAAAGAGAGGGAUUGUGCGAGGCUUCUGUGCAGACUUACUGAACGAGAGGGUUUUGUUUUUUUUUGGUAUGUUUUUUUACAGGAAAAAACUAGAAAGUGGAGAAAAACACAAUGAUAAGACCCAUGAUGUAGCGUAGUCUGUGCAACACACACAUGCAGGCUGGUCUGGAUACACUCCAAAUUCUUCACCUAGGGGAACUUUGUUUUCCCUCUUCUAUUGCAUCAGCCAUCUUCCUGACCACAAACUUAAAUAAACUCUUGAGGUUUUUAUUGAUGCUAUUUUGAGCAAUCAGGAUUUUAUAGUACAAGUUGGACUUGCAACAAAUUGUUGCAGUCUGAAAUACUCCCUGUUCAGGAUUCCAGACACACCAUUCCACCUCCCUACUAGUUUCCCCUGUCCCAUUCAGCCAGCAUUCGAUGCCUACUGAACUGUUUUAGGUCAUUUCUCUCUUCGCUGGACAAUUUUCCUAAA